AUGGCUCAUGAGUCACUUGAGUUCUUUGACAGGAUGAAACAAGAAGGUGUAAAUCCGAAUUCAGUAACAUUUCUUGGUUUACUAACAGCUUGUUCUCAUGCUGGUCUUAUUAAAGAAGGAUUACAUUAUUUCAGCUCCAUGAACCGUGUCCAUAAUCUGAAUCCAAGCAUUGAGCAUUAUGCAUGUAUGGUUGAUCUGUUUGGCCGAGCGGGUCAUUUUGAACAAUCCCUUGAAUUCGUAAGGUCUGGAUCCACUCAGUUUAAUUCUGUAACGGGUGGAUGCUUUAGUUUGUGGAGGGUGUUACUUGGGGCUUGCCAUGCUCAUCAACAGCUUGAGCUUGGUGUCAGUGCAGCAAUGAAUAUUCUAGAGAUGGAACCCGAAGAUGAAACAACUCAUAUUCUUCUAUCAAACUUGUAUUCAGCUAAAGGAAUGUGGGCAGAUGCCAUAAGAGUCCGAAGUUUGAUGAGGGAGAAAGGAUUGAAGAAGGACAUCGGAUGUAGCUGGUUAGAAGCUGAAAGUAGAAGACAUUUGUUCGUUGCAGGAGACGUUUCUCAUCCACAAAGGAAAGACAUUUACAUGAAACUAGAGGAAGUUAACAGAAGGUGCAGAAAAAUAGGUUAUGUUCCAAUGACAGAGUACGUGCUUCAUGAUGUGGAUAAAUUGCAGAAGGAAGCCAUUGUAGGUUGUCACAGUGAGAAGCUGGCAGUCUCGUUUGCGCUAUUACAGAACGGAAAUGGCAGAAAACAUGGUGUGAUUAGGGUGAUAAAAAAUCUUAGAAUUUGUGGGGAUUGUCAUAACUGGAUGAAAUUUGCUUCUAGUGUUGAGAAUAGAGACAUUGUAGUCAGAGAUUCGUGUCGGUUUCAUUUCUUCAAGGAUGGGAUAUGUUCAUGUGGAGAUUACUGGUAA